AUGGCCAGCGAAAGCGCAGAGAAGGAGACGAAGCCGGCAGAUCCCCUCGCAGAAGUCAACGCGCCGGUCGACUCGGAGCCGGCAUCGCCCGCCUCACCAUACGACCAUGGGGACGCAGAUGAGCACGACCAGUCUGACGAGCAGCGCGCCGAGCGGCAGGAGCUGAAGCACACGGAGAGCCACGCCACCGACUCGAGUGCCAUCACGCGCGCCACCACCAGGGGGUCCGUACCCAAGGCCAAGAAGCCAUGGUACAAGAACCCGAACCCCUUGCGAUGGGGGUCCAUCCCGCCUGUGCCCGAGGUCAGGCAGGUCUCGCCGGAGCACAAGGCGGGUUUCUUCAGCAAGCUGACUUUCCACUGGAUGGCUCCGUUCAUGAAUGUUGGCUACAAGCGGCAACUAGAGCAGGACGACCUUUGGACCGUGAACCCCAACCGUACGGCCGACGUGAUGUCAGCCAAGUGUAGGGAGUCAUUCGAGCGGCGGGUGAAGAAAGGCGACAAGUACCCACUGCUAUGGGCGCUGCACGAGACCUUUUUCUGGGAGUUCUGGGUCGGCGGGUUCUGCCAGCUCUGCUCCUCCAUUCUCCAGGUCAUGUCGCCCUUCACGCUGCGCUACCUGAUUGCCUUCGCGCAGGACGCGUACACUGCCUCGCAGACUGGGGGACCACCGCCAGCCAUUGGACCAGGCAUUGGCCUGGUCAUAGGAGUGACGAUCAUGCAGAUAUUACAAAGUCUAGGUGUUAACCACUUUAUCUAUCGCGGCAUGAUGAUUGGUGGGCAGUGUCGUGCCGUGCUGAUCAGCUUCGUUUUUGAGAAAUCCAUGGUCCUCUCUGGACGGGCGAAGGCGGGUGGUAAGCAGAUGAUCACAGAUGCCCCAGUUGACGAAAAGUCAGAAGAAAGGGGGAAUGAGAGCGAGGGAAAGAACAAGAAAGAGACGAAAAAGACGAAAAAGACGAAAAAGACGAAAGAUGAAAUCAAGGCCGAUAAGGCGGGCGUUGCAGGCGAUGGUACUGGCUGGGGCAAUGGGCGGAUUGUCAACCUCAUGAGUGUCGAUACUUACCGAGUCGAUCAGGCUUCCGCCUUGUUCCAUUUGAUCUGGACCUCGCCGAUUACUUGUAUCAUCACUCUGGUCGUUCUUCUCAUUAACUUGACGUACAGCGCACUGGCAGGUUUCGCGCUCCUCGUCAUCGGCAUUCCGGCCUUGACCAGAGCAAUUCGAUAUCUGUUCCGGCGCCGUACUCUCAUCAACAAGAUAACCGACCAGCGUGUGAGCUUGACCCAGGAGAUCCUGCAGUCCGUCCGAUUCGUCAAGUACUUCGGCUGGGAGGGGGCCUUCCUGGAGCGUCUAAAGGAAAUUCGAGGCCGCGAGAUCCGCGCCAUCCAAGUACUCCUUGCGAUACGUAAUGCUAUCAACGCUGUGUCGAUGUCGCUUCCAAUCUACGCAUCUAUGCUGUCGUUCAUUACAUACUCACUCACGAACCAUGGCCUGGCGCCUGCCGAGGUUUUCUCCUCACUCGCACUCUUCAACGGCCUGCGCCUGCCGCUCAAUCUGCUCCCGCUCGUCAUUGGGCAAGUCGUCGACGCCUGGUCCUCGCUCAAGCGUAUCCAAGAAUUCAUGCUGUCUGAGGAACAGGAAGACGACGCCGUGUUCAAGCCGGAAGGUGAGAGCGCCGUCAAGAUGAACAUUGCUAGUUUCACUUGGGAGCGCACGCCCACGCGAGAUCCUGAGAAAACGGUCGCCUCCGGCCCUGGGAAGAAGGGCGCUGCUGCAGAAGCACCACCAAAGAGCUCGAGGUCACCACCCAAGUCGGAGAAGAAUGCUGGAAGCUCAGAGGACAGUUCGGACGACACGGCUAGCACCCUUGUCGACGAACACCAACCGUUCAAGCUCCAGGGCUUGAACCUGGAGAUUGGCCGGAACGAGCUCAUUGCCGUUAUUGGUACCGUAGGUAGCGGCAAGAGUUCCUUGUUGGCUGCCCUUGCUGGUGAUAUGCGGAAGACGUCAGGUGAGGUUGUUCUGGGCGCCUCCAGAGCGUUUUGCCCGCAAUAUGCGUGGAUCCAGAAUGCAACUGUCCGAAACAACAUUCUCUUCGGCAAGGAAAUGGACCGUAAUUGGUAUAAGGAGGUUAUCAAGGCUUGCGCAUUGGAACCAGAUCUAGACAUGCUACCUAAUGGCGAUGCCACUGAGAUUGGCGAAAGGGGUAUCACAGUCUCGGGUGGUCAAAAGCAACGGCUCAACAUCGCGCGAGCAAUCUACUUCGACGCUGACAUCAUUCUUAUGGAUGACCCGCUGAGCGCUGUUGAUGCCCACGUCGGUCGGCACAUUAUGGACAAUGCCAUCCUCGGUCUUCUCAAGGACAAAUGUCGUAUUCUCGCAACCCACCAACUUUGGGUUCUUAGCCGCUGUGACAGGAUCGUCUGGAUGGACGGAGGAAAGAUCCGUGCCGUUGAUACCUUUGAUAACCUGAUGCGGGACUAUUCCGACUUCCAGCAUCUGAUGGAAACGACAGCUGUCGAGGAGAAGGAGGAAGAGCCUGACGCGGUGUUGGAAGACAAGACGGCUGAAGUCGAGAAGAGCAAGAAGAAAAAGAAGAAGAGCCCAGGCCUCAUGCAGGCGGAAGAACGUGCUGUGGCCAGCGUUCCGUGGUCGGUAUACGGCGCAUACGUUCGGGCUUCCGGGACCAUAUUCAACGCCCCCUUGACGUUCCUUGUUCUGCUGCUUUCCCAGGGCGCCAACAUUACGACAAGCUUGUGGCUCUCGUACUGGACAUCGGACAAAUUCGGAUACUCCACGGGAGUGUACAUUGGCGUGUACGCUGCUCUGGGAACGGCGCAGGCAGUUUUCAUGUUCACUUUCUCGAUCAUGCUGACGAUAUUUGGCACUAGCGCCAGCAAGACGCUUCUCAGACAGGCUGUGACGCGAACGCUCCGGGCGCCUAUGUCCUUCUUCGAUACCACCCCGUUGGGCCGCAUUACGAACCGGUUCUCGAGGGAUGUUGACGUGAUGGACAACAAUCUGAGCGACGCGAUGAGAAUGUACUUCCUGACGUUGGCUCAGAUCAUCUCAGUAUUCGCACUGAUUAUCGCGUUCUUCUACUACUUUGCCAUCGCACUGGUGCCGCUGGCGAUUCUUUUCGUACUGGCGGCGUCCUACUAUCGAGCCUCGGCCCGAGAAGUCAAGCGUUUCGAGUCUGUCCUCCGCUCCGCCGUCUUCGCCAAGUUCAGCGAGGGCCUCAGCGGCGUGGCAUGCAUCCGCGCCUACGGACUCCAAGACCGCUUCGUAGCGGAUCUGCGCAAGGCAAUCGACGAGAUGAACGCGGCGUACUACCUGACGUUCUCGAACCAGCGCUGGCUCUCGGUGCGUCUGGACUCCAUCGGCAAUGCGCUCGUCUUCACCACAGGUAUCCUGGUCGUGACGUCGCGCUUCAGCGUGUCGCCGUCCAUCGGGGGUCUCGUGCUCUCGUACAUUCUCUCUAUCGUCCAGAUGCUGCAGUUCACAGUGCGGCAGCUGGCUGAGGUCGAGAACGGCAUGAACGCCGUCGAGCGCCUGCUGCACUAUGGCACGAAUCUGGAAGAGGAGGCCCCCGAGCACACGGUCGAGGUUCGGCCGUCGUGGCCCGAGCGCGGCGAGAUCGUCUUCGACAACGUCCAGAUGCGGUACCGCGAGAACCUGCCGCUGGUGCUUUCUGGCCUGAACAUGCAUGUACGCGGCGGCGAGCGUAUCGGCAUUGUAGGUCGCACCGGCGCUGGCAAGAGCUCCAUCAUGUCGACGCUCUUCCGGCUGGUCGAGCUCUCGGGCGGCCACAUCACUAUCGACGGGCUUGACAUCUCGACGCUGGGCCUGCACGACCUGCGGUCCCGCCUUGCCAUCAUCCCGCAGGACCCAACACUGUUCCGCGGUACCGUGCGAAGUAACCUCGAUCCUUUUAGUGAGCACACGGAUCUGGAUCUCUGGUCCGCGCUGCGCCAGGCCGAUCUCGUGCCCGCGGACGCGCAGCUCGACGACCACACGAACCAGGGCAACAAGGACGCGUCGGCGUCGUCGGCGUCGCGCAUCCACCUCGACAGCGUGGUCGAGGAGGACGGGCUGAACUUCAGUCUGGGGCAGCGGCAGCUCAUGGCGUUAGCACGAGCACUGGUGCGCGGUUCUCGGAUUAUCGUGUGCGACGAGGCGACCAGCUCGGUCGACAUGGAGACGGACGACAAGAUCCAAAACACCAUCGCCGUCGGGUUUAGGGGCCGGACGUUAUUGUGCAUCGCGCACCGGCUGCGGACUAUUAUUGGUUACGAUCGUAUUUGUGUUAUGGAUGCGGGACGCAUCGCCGAGCUCGACUCGCCGCUUGCGCUGUGGGGGCGCGAGGGCGGGAUUUUUAGGGGUAUGUGCGAUCGUAGUGGGAUAAGGGUGGAGGAUAUAAGGGGGGCUGUUCGGGAGUUGAAUGAUGGGGAGGAGGUGGGCGCUGGGGGGGAGGGUUUGAGGGGUGAGGAAGGUUUGAAGAGGGAGAAGAAGGAAGGUGAAUGA